AGGUCCCGAGUUUCGCUGGCGCCGCUGCAAGAAUGUGAGGCGGCUCUUCCGGCGUCCGGGUUACUGGCUGGCCCUUGGGCGCGCGCGGCGGCGCCGUCCCUGGCCCUUCACCCGGAAAGGCAUUGACCGACACUACUUGGAUGCAUUUGACCAUCUCCUAGGAGACUUGCAUGUUGAGUUUCGAUAAGCAGACAAACAGUUCUCUCUUGUUUGGAGCAAUGCUGAAAUUCUGAGAGGCUGCUAAGUGUGUGAGUGGAUCAAUAGCUGUUUCCACGUGUCCAAAGCCCUUGAUCGCAAGAAGAUACACGCUUCAACAGAAACUUGGCAGUGGAACUUUUGGAACCGUGUAUCUAGUGUCAGACAAGAAAGCCAAACAAGGAGAGGAAUUAAAGGUCCUGAAGGAAAUCUCUACUGGAGAACUCAAUCCAAAUGAGACUGUGCAGGCCACUUUUGAGGUCCAGCUCCUUUCCAAGCUGGACCAUCCAGCCAUUGUCAAGUUCCAUGCGAGCUUUGUGGAGCAAGAGAAUUUCUGCAUUAUCACAGAGUACUGUGAGGGCCGAGAUCUGGACUAUAAAAUUAAGGAAUAUAAAGAAGCUGGAAAAACCUUUCCAGACAGUCAAAUAAUAGAAUGGUUUAUCCAGCUGUUGCUGGGAGUUGACUACAUCCAUGAAAGGAGGGCACUUCAUCAAGACUUGAAAUCAAAGAAUAUAUUUCUGAAAAAUAAUCUACUUAAAAAUGGGGAUUUUGGAGUUUCUCGACUCUUAAUGGGAUCCUGUGAUCUAGCCACCACUUUAACUGGAACUCCCCAUUAUAUGAGCCCGGAGGCUCUGAAACACCAAGGCUAUGACACAAAGUCAGAUAUCUGGUCUCUGGCAUGCAUUUUGUAUGAGAUGUGCUGCAUGAAUCAUGCAUUCACUGGCUCCAAUUUCUUAUCCAUCGUUUUAAAAAUUGUUGAAGGCGACACUCCUUCUCUCCCUGAGAGAUACCCAAGACAGCUGAAUGCCGUCAUGGAAAGCAUGUUGAACAAGAGUCCUUCAUUGAGACCAUCUGCUAUAGAAUUUUAAAAAAUUCCUUACAUUGAUGAACAACUACAGCACCUGAUGUGCCGAUAUUCGGAAAUGACCCUGGAAGACAAGAAUUUGAAUCGUCAGAAGGAGGCAGCUUAUAUAAUUAAUGCUGUGCAGAAAAAGAUCCACCUGCAGACCCUGCGGGCACUGUCUGAGGUACAGAGGAUGACACCAGAGAGGAUGCGGCUGAGGAAGGUCCAGGCAGCUGAUGAGGAGGCCAAGAAGCUAAAAAAGCUUGUGGAAGAAAAAUAUGAAGAAAACAGCAAAAGAAUGCAAGAACUGAGAUCUCGGAACUUCCAGCAGCUGACGGUGGAUGUGCUCCACGUGAAGCAUUUAAUGGGAAUUGAAGAAAAGGAGGGGCAACGAGGAAGGCUUUCUUGUUCCCCCUGGAGGAGGAUGGAGAGAGGAGGCCAGGCAGAGAGGAGACCAGAAUUUGAUGACCCAGCUUCAGAGAACCUGCCUGAGUCUCAGCCCAUUCCUUCCCUGGACCUUGGCACACUUGGAUCAAGUGUAGAGGACACCGUAGCUGACCUUGGAGAUCACGCAACUGAGUUCUCUUUCCAAAGAAUGGAGGUAGUGAAACUUGGAUUUGGCUGGUCAUCUCAGCCCACAUUUGCAUUCGAUGUCUUCCUGAUGGAGCUGUUAGAGCUCGUGCUGCCUUCUUUAGCUGUGAGGAGACUAGGACCUGAUGCUCUUCAGGUUGCCAUUUGCCAACUUUUGAAAUGGUGUUUUGGAAGCCACCUGCCACAACGCUCUCCCUGCCCUGGUCCGGCCAUCACGAGCUUCAGCUCUGAGGACUACCUGUGCGCUAUCUCCUCCUAUCGCAAGGUGUUCAGAAACAGCUUGCGCCUGUCCUUGGACCUCUCUGGGGCCUACGGCAUGAGUAGCUUCCACUCGCAGUCACUGUCCUGCUGCAAUAAGGAGCAACUGCAGGGCCUCAACAACCUCUCUGUCAUGCAGCAGCUGGAAAUGCAGAACUGUGUGCUCAAGGUCGAGCUGGCUGCGCUGUGGCAGCGCCAAGCCCAGCAGUCACGCCUCCACCUAGAUAAUAGUUUUGACAGUGAUAUUGAAGCACUGGCCAGAUGUUUGGAGUAUGUGCUGGGCUGCACCACUCUAGAUCAGCUGUGCAGAAGCUGGGGGCAGAGGUGUUUGAGGAGGUCUACAGUUACCUCAAGAGACCAAGGCAGCAGAGAGCCAGCGAGGCAGAGGUCCAGGCGGCUCUGGAAACAGUCGUGCCUCAAGCCAGUGACUGUUCUGAGGUUGACCAGUGGCUCUACUUUGAGGAGCAGUUGCUGA